AUGAGAGAUAUUUCCAGAGAGCUACACCCUUCACAGAAGGGAGAAUUACCGAGUGAUACUAUUCCAAAUUCAAAGAAUGGUGGAGGUGGUGUAGAUCAUGUAUAUGCUAUCAGUACUUGGAGUGAAGAGGUUCCGACAGAGAUACCUAUUGUCGAGAAGGUUGCUGAUAUUCUGAAAAGUUCGAAGAAGACUGAGACCAAUGACACUAGCAAACAAACUGUUAAAGGGGCUAUUCGCCCUUUGACCCAGAUUUUUAAAUCUACACCUCCCUUUCCUCAAAGGUUGGUAAAGAAGAUGGAAGACGCUAAGUGUCAUAGGUUCUAUGAUCGGCUAAAGCAGUUAUCGAUGAACAUUCCAUUUCUGGAUGCUUUGACAAAGAAGAGGUCUGUGAAGCAUGACAAUGUGAGUGUGACUCGCCGUGUUAGUGCAAUAUUAUCUACAACAACGGUUCAGAAGAAGGAAGAUCUAGGGGCCUUUACUAUUCCAUGUUUUGUCGGUCACCAUGACUUUGCUCGUGCUCUUUGUGAUAAUGGGGCUAGCAUCAAUCUAAUUCCUCUUGCUAUAUACAAGCAACCGGGGUUGGGAAGGCCUAGUCCUACUAUCAUGCGACUACAAAUGGAUGAUAGAUCUAUUAAGAGACCGGUUGGAUUUGUAGAUGAUGUACUAGUUUGGGCUAGUGAUUUUCUUCUACCAGCUGACUUUGUGAUUCUUGAUUGUGCUGUUGAUCGGGAUAUUCCUAUUAUUUUGGGGAGACUGUUCCUUGGACUCUGA